AUGGAGAGGAGUACAGUCAGGGGAUCACUGCAUAAGCACUUGGAUCUGGAGAGGAAGAUCGCCAAGCAGGCUGAAGCCAGACUCCGCCAACGACUGCAGAGUCUAGAGGAUAUCUGCCUCUACCACCUGAAGCUGUUGAUCAGGGAGCAAAGGCAGCUCCAGAGAGAGCAGCAGAGGCUGCAGCAAGAUAUUGUCAAGGUGAGACUGUCUUCUCUGGGGAAYGGAACUCAGAAAAGGCCAGAAUGUGUCCUCAGUUUCCCACCACAGCAAGGACAGAAGCACAGACCUCCAAAACAUGAAGUCAGAGCAUUGGCAACCAACACGACCCAGGAAAUGUACAAAAUCAAGUCCCAGAUGCCUCCUUUAUGUCACACUGGCCUCAAAAACCCCACCAGGAGAAAAGAGAACUGGAGAUCUCAGAGUCACAGAACUGCCUGCUUCAUGGCAGAGAAGCUGCCAGCCCAGGAGAAAGAGUCUGUAAUCCCACCUCAGGGCAUAGACCCCAACAAGGACACCUCCGUGGCACAUCAAGACCAAAUGGCUUCCAGCAGUACCUGUGGUAGUGGAAUGGUCAACCUUGAUGAGAUUAGAUCAGAAGAUGCCAGUCUAAAGCCAUGUAGGAAUGCUGUGGAACAGCUUCCCCCACAUUCUAUGGAAUGUGCAGGAGGCUGCAAAGGUGAGACCACAAAGCCAGCCUUCUCAGAGUUGUUCGCAAAGGUCAAAAAUGCACGCUAUCUCCGGCACAGGGUCCUCCCUCAGUCUGAGAGGUUGCUUAGCAUCAGGGAGAUAUUCGGGUGUAGAAAAUCUUCACCUGAAGAUCAGGAAAGGAUUGUGAAAAUGGUACCAACUAAGUUCCCUCCUCUCUAG